CCUAGCUCCUGCAUUUUUUUUAUCUUUAGCUUCUACAAUAUUCUCUUUCCGCGGCACCGGCAUCCCGCAACCCCCCCAAAAAAAAACUGACCUCGUUUUCUUUUGUUUUAUUUGUAUCCUGUCAUCUUUUUAAUAAAAACAAAUCAAAAUGGCGUCCUUUUGGAACUCAAUAACAGGGAACAAGCCCGACCCCAAACCCUCCUCGGAAACCCCUUCACAGCAACAAACCUCGGCGCCAGCCUCGACCCAGAACCCAUUAUUCGACUCAUCACAACCUCAAGGCGUCGAUGCGUUCCUCGGUAGCUCCGCCUUCACCGACCCUUCAGCCCUGCACCCGCUAGCCGGCCUCAACAAGGAUGCGCUCGAGUACAUCACCCUCGAGGACUCGACCCUGUCCGACCUGCCCGGCUCGCAAUCCGUUAUACCCUCUCGAGGCUGGUCUGACGACCUCUGUUAUGGCACUGGAAUCACCUACCUGGCCGCGCUCGGUGUCGGUGGUGCCUGGGGUGCGCAAGAAGGACUGCGUAGGUCCGUCGGCCAGCCGCCCAAGUUGCGCCUCAACUCGGUCCUGAACGCCGUCACCAGGCGAGGGCCUUUCCUCGGAAACUCAGGUGGUGUUGUUGCUAUCGUUUACAACUUGGCCAAUUCGUACAUUGGCUACCUCCGGGGCAAGCACGACGCUGCCAACUCGAUCGUCGCUGGUACGCUGAGCGGCAUGCUUUUCAAGAGCACCAGGGGUCUGCGGCCCAUGAUGGUUUCCGGUGGUAUCGUCGGCUCUGUUGCAGGAGUGUGGGCUCUGGCACGGAAGACCUUUGAGAAGGGGUCUGAAGAGGAGAUUGCACACUAAAUAUGCCCGUUGUACUUGAAUUCAAGACACCACAGCGAGCAAUAGCCUUCGACUCGAUCUUACAAACUUUGGCACUCCAGGCCCAUGCACCUCCUGGUGUGCCUUGUACAACUUUUAUAUACCCACCCCAAUUCGAGGGUGUUGAUGACAUAUUAAUCCGGUUACCUGCUUCUUUCUUUACGUUGAAUACAGGACAUGACGGUUCUGGUGGCCCAGCGCUGGAUGACAGCAAAAGCCUUGUCGUCCGUUGCGUUGUUGGCUCAUUUUUAGACGGAGGGUGGCGUGAACUCGAAAACAAAAAGCUGGCGAUCUCUACUCCUCUCUGGCAACUGUACACUAGACUGGGGGGUUUGUAUGCAUAGAAAGCGCUCGGUCGAGCGUCGGGGCGAGGGGGGCGUUUGUCAUGUCAAUGAAAUGUGAUUGACUGA